AUGAUAGCACCAUGGUUUGGCACAUCUUUCGAUAUCCAUAUUAGGUCUUGGUCAGCAAUUACGAGAAUAAGGUGUGCAUUGUGCUCGUGGGGGUUUCGCUGGCACUGGAAAGCAACUUCUGUAAGACUUACUGGGAUCACAUUUAAUAGCAGGUUUAUUAGGGUUUCCUGUCUGAAACGACCCUUCUGCAGAAUAAUAGCAGCAGUUGAAGUGGGAAGGACGAAAACAGAGGCAAAGAGUAAGAAUGCAAUGAGAAUAGCCUUCAUGGUUGGGAAUUUAAUAGUAAUGCUUGGUAGAGAGUAUUCAGUUUUCUCUUGGCAUGUAUAA